AUGUCAAAUGAUAUAAACCCUGACCCGGAGUUCUUUUCGACGACCACAUUUAUUCAGAUAGGAUAUGGUUUAUGGGUUAGUUUGGUCCAUAUCCUAAUAGGCCUGGCCAUUUGUUUCCCCACAAAUGUUAUGCCGCAGCUCAUAGAUGAUCCUGCCUUUAGUAUGGUCAAAAGUGAGGAAGCCUGGAUAGGCCGAACAGUGGUCGGCGUAGGCUGCGGUAUGGGAAUGGGGACACCGUGUGCAUAUAUCACUGAGAUGUCAUUGCCAAACGUGCGCGGUGUAAUUGUCGUUUUUACAACCAUCGCUUUGUGCAUCGGGCUUACGAUUCAGGAACUCAUAGGUGCGUCUUUUAAAUGGAACGAACUUUGUUAUGGCUACGCAAUAGUCUCUGUUGGGAUCGGUAUCUCAGAAACAAGUGAUUUGACCCUUGAAGAAAUUGAAGAAUAUUUCAAUGAACGUCGUCCUACUUUAGUCUCCCAGAGGAGUGUGAUUGUUGCCCAAAAGAGUCAAGCCCUGUUGCAUAAUCUUGGAAGCAAAGCGCCCGUCUCUAAACAGUCUUUGGUCGAAAUUAUGUCCCCGAAGACUUCCGGUAAAGGAUCUUAG